GGCGCAGCGCCACCGAGCACCACCAUGAACCACAGGAAGAGGAGUUUCACGUUUGGGGGUUACACGGGGCUGGAUCAGUCAGCUGUCUCCCAGAGACGCCUUCGGCGUCAUGACGGGCAGAGUCAGCUCAUUUCUUACACCCUAGAUCUAUCCAGAGCCAACUCCACCCCCCUUGAAAGUGCUCCUCAUAUUAAGAACUCUGACUUGUUUGCGAUGAUUGAGAAGAUGCAGGGCUGCAGAAUGGACGAACAGAGAUACUCACUCCCUCCCCCCCUCAAGACAGAAGAGGAUUAUAUCCCGUACCCCAGCGUCCACGAGGUCCUGGGAAGGGAAGGGCCAUUCCCCCUCAUCCUUUUGCCUCAGUUUGGGGGAUACUGGAUUGAGGGAACCAACCACAACCUCUCACCGCUCCUCGACGCCGAGAACAACCAGUCACCAAGCGCCAAAGUGAAGCUGGAGAGUAACCACACGGCGCGGAUCUACCGCAAGCACUUCCUGGGGAAGGAACACUUUAACUAUUACUCUCUGGACGUUGCUCUUGGUCAUUUGGUUUUCUCGCUGAAGUAUGACGUCAUCGGAGAUCAAGAGCACCUCCGCCUGCUGCUGCGGACAAAGAACCAGACGUACCACGAUGUCAUCCCCAUAUCCUGCCUCACCGAGUUCCCAAACGUGGUGCAAAUGGCCAAGCUGGUCUGUGAAGAUGUCAACGUGGAUCGAUUUCACCCCGUCCUCUACCCAAAGGCUUCGCGUCUCAUCGUCACCUUUGAUGAACACGUCAUCAGCAAUAACUUUAAAUUUGGAGUCAUCUACCAGAGAACUGGGCAGACCACGGAGGAGGAAUUAUUCAGCACCACACAGGAGAGCGCAGCCUUUGUGGAGUUCCUGGAGCUGCUGGGUGAGCGAGUCCUCCUGCAGGAUUUUAAGGGAUUUCGGGGAGGGUUGGACGUAACUCAUGGACAGACAGGGACCGAAUCCGUCUACUGCAACUUCCGAGGCAAAGAAAUCAUGUUCCACGUCUCCACCAAACUGCCGUACACAGAGGGCGAUGCCCAACAGUUGCAGCGUAAACGUCAUAUCGGCAAUGACAUUGUAGCCAUAGUGUUCCAGGAUGAGAACACGCCGUUUGUCCCUGACAUGAUCGCUUCCAACUUCCUGCACGCUUACAUUGUGGUUCAAGUGGAGAAUUCCUGCACCGACAACACUGUAUACAAGGUCUCGGUCACUGCCCGGGAUGACGUGCCUUUCUUCGGUCCACCACUUCCAGACCCUGCUGUUUUCCGUAAGGGGUCAGAGUUUCAUGAAUUCCUCCUGACUAAACUGAUCAAUGCUGAAUACGCCUGUUAUAAAGCUGAAAAAUUCGCCAAACUGGAGGAGCGAACGCGCGUCGCGUUACUGGAGACGCUGUACGAGGAGCUGCACAUUAACAGCCAGUCCAUGAUGGGCCUCGGUGGGGAUGACGAUAAGAUCGAGAAUGGGGGCGGUGGUGGUGGGUUCUUUGAGUCUUUUAAGAGAGUAAUCAGAAGCCGCAGUCAAUCCAUGGACGCUAUGGGCCUCAGCAAUAAGAAGCAACACACAGUGUCCACCAGUCACAGUGGCAGCUUUGGGCACAACAAUCAGGAUAUGCCUAAGCCACCAGGAAUAUCUCUGAUCGUACCAGGAAAAAGUCCAACUAGGAAGAAGUCUGGUCCGUUCAGCUCCCGCAGGAGCAGUGCCAUCGGAAUCGAGAACAUCCAAGAGGUGCAGGAGAAGAGGUUUUUUCAUGCCAUGUUAUACAGAGAAAGUCCGACCGGCCCCCUGAAAACCCCCGACAGUGGCACUGCCUCUCAGGAGCCCAAAUCGGAGAACUCGUCCAAUCACAGCUCCCCGGAGAUGCCCACUACAAAGAACAGGAUGGAUUCAGUGUCUAGACCAGAAGCCCAGAGAGAUUUCUCUCGAUCAUCGUCCAGCGCCAGCAGUUUUUCCAGCGUGGUGGUGGAGAACGAACUAUUGGAUGACGAGGACACCGGGAUGGAAAGUGUCUCCUCCUCAGGAACUCCUCACAAACGAGACUCCUUUAUCUACAGCACGUGGCUGGAGGACAGCGCAAGUAGCGUAAGCACAGCCAGUGGAGGAAGCGCAGGUUUCCCGCGCUCCCCACACCCAGACGUUCGGAAAAUGAGUGGAGACUCCGCCUACCCGGAGAUUAAAAUCCAGCUGGAAGGAAAUGAUCCAAAUGCAACCAAUCAGAGCUGCUAGCCCCCACCCGAGUCAUUGAAGGAUAAGUCUCUGUCUUGGACGCCGUGGCAGAGAAGACCAAAACUGAGCGAUUUGCGCCAAACUCCAGUCUUUGAUUCAGUCAAGUGUGACUGAUUCACCUGAGGACCCAGCGACUGACUGAUCCCUUCUGAAACGAGCGACACAGCCGCCCCCAGGCUCCUGCAGAUUUCUCCUUCCACCUGACUUCUACGAACUUGUUUCCUACAAGAAAAGCGGAUCCUGCGCCCGCUCCCGCACUUAAAUAUAAGGGAGGCUGCACCCCCGCCCCACAGCGAUAUGAACAAGUGGUGGGAGGGUUCUGAAGCUGCAGCUCAAUGAGACAACAUGUGGCGGUCCGCUGAUGGAUGCCCGCUACCUAUAUGGCGCUUGUGGCCUGGACGUGGCGAAUACUGCGCGGUCUCCGUGAUGUAAAUAAUCUGCAGAUGCCGUAAAGUUCAUGCAAACUCAGGAUGUCAAUCAAUGCACAAGUUCUCCGACUGGACAUUGAAACUGAAAGGGUUAAUGCACCCUGAGCUUCCUCCCUCUAUGCAUUGUCUACGGCAUGUCACGUGUGGUCCUGCGUGUUCCCCUGUGUGUUCUCGAUAACUUCACGUGUGAUCAUCUUAGAACACGUUUAUGGCGGGUGAAGUCAUACAGUACGAGACAUUACUAUAUGGUACGACACUACUACUCUCAACCUCCUGUCAGCCUGGAUCAUCGGUAACUACUCCCAUUGACGUCAUUCCUUAAGAAUAACUAUAGCGCAGUGUCAUAGCGGCACUGACCCGCAGAACUGUGUGUUGGCAUGGAGCGAGCGAGGGUGGGGGGGUAUGGGGUGCCCUCUCUGUGGUCAGCAUGCUUGGUGUCUGUUUUAUGGACUUGUAGGUGAAGCAUCCAGCUCCCCCUUGUGGCUUCUUGUUGUAAUGACGUCACCGCUGUUCUCCGUCCUUUGUCCUCGCGUUUCAAAGAACGAUAAAACACUAUUUUUCCAUUCGGCAUAAAUAACGUCUGGAUCUGUAAUUGUCUUUCUGUGUAAAUGAAAAAAAAUAGAGAAAUUAUUAUUUAUCUGCAAAGAGAUUAUUUGUAAAAAAAUAAAAAAUUUAUGGGAUAAAAGAAAUAAAUUGAGAAGA